AUGCCUCCUGUCAAAGCGUCGAAAAGGAGACAUGCCUCCAUGGCUUGCCUCGCUUGUCGUGAGAGCAAAAUAAAGUGUGAUGGUGGUGACCCGACGUGCUCCAGCUGCGCAAACAGGAAUCGGGACUGUCGGUAUCAGGCUGUUGACAAGAGAAAAGUGGAUCAGCUAUGCCACUUCAUACGCGACAAUGGGCUUCAGCCACCGCCCAUGGCGGAGGAGAAGGAUUCGGCGUUGACAAAGACGUUGGAGAUACUUGGGCUGGCCGAAGUGAACUCGACGUUAACACAACAGGUAACUGGCAAAACUAUGGGGCCUUCGGUCGCGAUCAACGGUGCGGACUCGCAUUUCCAAGGCUCCUCGCCUAUUCCCAUCAAUCCCACUGCAACAAAUCAAUCGGAGAACGCCGAGCCCCAGCCAACUGGACCGUCGCCUGAACCAGGGUCUGUGGAGGCAGUGCCGUCUAAACCCCUCCAUUCUUUCUCUAGAGCCCACAAUGAAGCAAUUACAGCGCCGCUCCCAGAACACCGGGAUGAGGACAAUAGCCCGGGGAACAUCUUAGGCGCCUGGGAUUGGGAUAUCGGUCUGGGAACGACGCCGAAUUCUUCGGAUAUGCAGCACUUUUUCGGUUCUGCUUCUCCGGGUGGUACACUUGUUACACCAUUUGAAGAUAUCCCUGAGGCAUUUAGUCCCGUGCUCAGCGACAAUAAUACGCUCGUGGAGGAAUCUAGCGAUGCAGAAGACAUCGAAGGCCUCAUUGAUGAGCUCUCCGAUCGAGUCGGGACCUUGCGAAUCGGGCCUGGAGGACAGACGCAGUUUUGUGGUCCGACAUCAAACUUCAACUUAGCGGAUAUGCCAGUUUCAGAAACACUGGAGGCGCAUCGCAAAGUUCAGAAUGAUGUUUUGCGAUGUUUAGAUUGUUUGGGGACUAGCGCAGAAACCUUUGCCUCCUUGGAGGACCAUUUGAUCAAUCUCUAUUUCAGCUGGCAGGAUCCUUUUUUCCAUGUGGUUGAUCGAAAGAUUUAUGAAGAGGCGAAGACCAAAUGGCUUGACAAGGGAGGCACCCCGUUCUAUUCGGAGGCGCUCCGGAAUGCAAUGUGUGCACUCGGUGCUGCUUUUGAGCCUCGCUAUCAUCCAACCUUUGUCACAUUUCCCAAAUCUCUGGUCGACUUUUUUGGAGAUCGAGCUAAAUCCCUACUCGAGAUUGAGCUGGACUGUCCGUGUGUUGCCACCAUUCAGGCAAUGGUGAUCCUGAGCAGCCAUGAGAUUGGAAAUGGAAAAGAUGCUCGGGGAUGGCUCUACAGCGGAAUGGCAACACGACUUGCUUUCGACCUCGCUUUACAUCUCGACAUGUCUGCUUAUGUCUCUAGCGGAGCCAUCGCUGCCGCUGACGCAGACCUUCGUCGAACGGUAUUCUGGGCUGCAUACACAGUUGAUCAUCUUCUGGGUUUCUAUCUUGGGAGACCUUGCCGCACAAACAUGGAGGACGUCACUGUUGGCAAACCUAAUAAUCAGGCAAAUCACUGGGGAACCGAAAAAUGGGUCCCCUACGUAUCCCCCAACUCCGUCGAACCCGAUACCGGCUUGUUAGAUUGCAUGGAGGCUGUGAAUCAACAGCAAGUUACACUAUGCGAAUUGAUGACCCCAUGUGGAUACAUCCUUUACGGAACAUCACACAUUUCCAAGGCAGUACUGCAGGAGCUCAAUGCAAAGAUUGUAGCAAAGCUUCUAAUUUGGAAAGCCAAUCUCCCACCGACCUUACAGAUCAAUCUCAAUGACCAUACUUCACUUUAUCUUCCACAUGUAUUGUUGCUCCAUAUGCAAUAUUAUCAAAAUAUUAUCUACGCUCACCGGCCCUGGAUGUCAAAAGGCCACCUCCAACCCCAGCCCCCAAAGGGCCCCGGAUACCUGCAUGCGCGAGAAAUGUGCAUCCAAUCCGCCAUUGCCAUCGCCAAGAUCUUAGUCCUAUAUGAGACAAGAUAUACUCUCCGACGAAUAAACGUCAAAGCCGUCUCAAUCACCUCCUCCGCCAUUCUCUUCCUCCUCUUUGCGGCAGUAUGCAAAUACCCCCGUCAUGGAGAUAAUGACAUCGCCAUCUACCUCAGUACCUGCUUCCGAGCUCUUGAUGAAUUCGCUCAAUCCUGGCAGAGUGCAAGACGCGCCAAGGAUAUUCUAGUCCGACUACGGCAGCAAUGGGAGACUCGGACUCGGUCCAGCAGCAAAUUUUCGAGGUCUAAUGGUGGGAUAAUGUAUACACCUCGAAAGCGUUCACGUACCUCAAAUCGCGUUGAUGCUGCUUUCUCUGGUAUAGAUCAGGAACGAAUCCCUAGUGCAAGACAUGAUUCUCAUACUGACCUCGAGCUGGACGGCGAUCUGGAUUGGACGUUUAUGGCGGAUGGGCAGCUUUUGCCGGAGAAUUGUGAUGGAGAUCUUUAUUGGCUAAUUCCUAAUUCGGGCAUUGUUGAGCCGGGACAUGGGAAUCUGUAG